AUGCGCUUAAGUGGCCAUCUCUCACCGUCCAAUGGCUCCCAUCACCCCCCAUCCGAUAAUGGUCCUCAUACUAUACACAAAUUGAUACUGGGGACCCAUACCUCUGAUGAAUUUCCGAAUUUUCUCAUGGUUGCCCAUGCCUACGUCCCCCGCCGUGCCUUUGAAAUGGAAACCGAUAAUUCCAACAUUCCUAAGUUCCUCACCCUUCAGCUUCUGCUGGUUCAAUUGGUUUCAAUAUCUAGGAUUGUUCUGUUGAUUUCAGUUGAUCUUUGGUUGUGGAAACCUGACUAUAUUGUUGCUUUGGAAUCCUUUGGAAUAGUGAAGAGUCCUAACUAUAUUGUUCCUUUAGCCAUGUGA